AUGUAUACUUAUUUAAGCGGAACUUUUACAGAACCUGGAGUGGUAAGAAGACCUUAACCUGAUGAUGAAGAAUCUUUUGGAUCAAUGAAAUCAAAUAGAAGCGCAAAAAGUGAAAAAAUUGGGGAAUACUUCUAGGAAAGGUUUUGCUCAAGGUGUAGAGUCAUGAGACCUCCAAAAACAAGUCAUUGUUAUAAUUGUAAUAAUUGUGUGAAGAUGUAUGAUCAUCAUUGCACUUUUAUGAGUAAUUGUAUAGGAUAAAGAAAUUACAGAUAUUUCAUUGGAUGGGUUUAUACUCUUGUCCUUUAAUGUAUUAUAUGGUAUAUUGUGCUGUUUUAACAUACAUAUAAAACGUUUAGUAUGUAAGAAGCAAUGGAUAAAUUAUUUCAGUCAGAUUAUGUACAAUAUGCAGCCUUAAUUUUCUUAAUGUCCCUUUGUUGCAGUUGUACUUUUUAUUUACAUGGGGUGGUUUAAUCCUGUCUGACUUUGUUAUUCAUCAGUUGCUUUGGAGUUUUUUUAUAUGGCAACUACGAUUUUGAUAAGAAAUAUUAUGAAAACUACUUUUGUAGUCUAAUUUUUGUGAUUGUUACUCUACCUGGGGGAAUAAUGGCUUUAUCGGUUUCCCUUAGUCAAUCUAUUCAUUUGGCAAUUGGGGUUAAUCAAAAGGAAUGGUCAGUAUUGACAAGACAAGUUAAUUUAAAUAGCAUAAGGGAUACUAAUAUUGAAUUAAGCGCUUCUCCUAACUUAGAUUAAACUAAUUAAUAUGAAUAAGUUGAGAGUCAAAGUACUGAUAUUGUAAAGGAAUCAGAGGAGGACAAAUAAUUAAGGUAAAAAAUUGAAGAUGAAAUUGAAAAUAAUCCAGAAUUAAGAGGCACUUUGUCAAAAGAGAAAAUGGAAUAUAUAUUUUAACGAAGAAGGAACUAUCAAUAAAAGUAAAAGAUGGUUGAGGAUGCAAAAUAAUAAGUCUAAACUUAUAAAAGUAAAGCAUCCCUACAAAAUUAUUGUAUUAAUUUAAAAAAGUUACUAUUUGACAAAAUUUCCUAAAGUGAGUUAUAUUGAAUUCAUAUUAAAUAUAGAUAGAUGUUCAAUUUCCAUU